AUGCUGGGCAAGCGGAAGAGGGAUGUGGCAGUGGCUCGCCGUCAGAACGAAUCGUCACUAGAACAAGGUCAGCCGGUUUCUCCGGACGGCUCUGACAACAACCAAGACGUCUUUCGCCGCUACUUUGAAUCCGCAUUUGAGCCACUGCCGGAGGGUGAGAAAUUGAAGCCCUUAAGUCACGAUUCGGACGAAGAAGAAAAUGAAGUAUCUGAUGAAAUUGAAUCUGAUUGGGAAGGCCUGUCCGAAGACGGGGCGGCGAACGUCACGGCCAUUCAGGUUGUCGAACACAAAACUGCUCCAAGAACCUCCGAUCGCCGAGAAGAUGAACGGCAACAAUACAAGUCAUUUAUGACGUCGAAACCACCCAAAGGAGCCGAGCAGGCUUCGAGAAAAAUGCCCCGGGCCCACAAGGCGGAGGGCAAGGAUGAGGAAGAGGAGCAGUCUGAAGCACUCAACCUCAAACACGAUCUUGACCUUCAACGACUCCUCAAAGAAUCACAUCUUCUCGAAAAGGCAAAAUCUUCAGCAGAUCCCGGGUCGCACAGGCACAAAGCCAUCGACAUGCGGAUGCAGACCUUGGGCUCUAAGGACUCUCUGUUUCAUCAACAAAGGAUGCCAGCAUCGCAUCGCAGGGGCAUAGUAGCUAAAGCCGCCUCGAAGGAAGCUAUGCGAAGGAAGGAUGCCAAAGAGAACGGGAUCAUCCUGGAGAAGGCUGCCGGGAAGACGAAAUCGGCCAGUCGUCGAGAGCGGGCAGUCGACGUUCCAGCUGUUGGCAAGUUCCGAGGCGGCACUUUACAGCUCAGCAAACGCGAUUUACUCGACAUACAGGGGCCUGGUUCUCGGCGGCGGAAGGCCGGCCGAUAG